GCGGUUACUAGGGUGACGGGUCACUGGGAACGGCGGUUACUAGGGUGACUGGUUACGGUGGGAGGAGAUUCUCGGAUUAGAUUGUGGCAAAAUUUGGAAGCAAUUGAAAGCUGUUCCAACUCCUUAUCCUGAAUCUGGAACUGGAAGACAAUAUCUCGGAGUGGCUCACUGGUUUGGUUAAUGCACAGCUGGGAUUCAGAUUACUGAAGCAAACAUGUGUUCGUGGAGUGAGAAACUCAAUGCUGACCUCUCUGGGACCAUGGAUGGCAGUACCAUGAAGAAAUACCGACGUGAGGCCUACCACCGAGUGUUUGUUAACCGUAGUUUGGCAAUGGAGAAGAUUAAAUGCUUUGGAUUUGACAUGGACUACACCCUAGCAGUGUACAAGUCUCCAGAAUAUGAGGCUUUGGGCUUUGACCUGACUGUCGAGCGUUUGAUUUCCAUCGGGUAUCCUCAAGAGCUCUGCAAUUUUGUUUAUGAUCCUGUUUUCCCUACCAGGGGUCUGAUUUUUGACACAUUAUACGGAAACUUGCUGAAGGUUGAUGCAUAUGGGAACAUCCUGGUCUGUGCCCAUGGAUUCAACUUCAUGAAGGGCCCAGAAAUAAGGGAGCAAUAUCCAAACAAGUUUAUUCAGCGAGAUGAUACCGAGCGCUUUUACAUCCUCAACACCCUCUUCAAUUUGCCAGAGACCUAUCUGUUUGCUUGUCUGGUUGAUUUUUUUACGAAUUGCCCCCGAUACACAAGCUGUGAAACAGGAUUUAAAGAUGGUGAUCUCUUCAUGUCGUACAAGAGCAUGUUCCAGGAUGUGCGGGAAGCUGUCGACUGGGUCCACUACAAAGGAUCUUUGAAAGAGAAGACUUUGGAAAACCUGGUGACCUAUGUUGUGAAAGAGCCUAAGCUCGCGCUGCUGCUGAGCCGAAUGAAUGAAGUUGGCAAAGUGUUUCUGGUCACAAACAGUGAUUACACCUACACCAAUAAAAUCAUGACGUAUAUGUUUGAUUUUGCGCAUGGCCCCAAGCCUGGAAGUGCCCACCGUCCCUGGCAAUCAUACUUCGAUCUGGUUGUAGUGGAUGCUCGGAAGCCACUGUUCUUUAGUGAGGGAACAGUUCUGCGUCAAGUAGACACAGCAACUGGCCACCUGAAGAUUGGGACACACACAGGACCCCUACAGCACGGAAUUGUGUAUUCGGGUGGUUCUUCGGAUAUUAUGGGUGACCUGUUGGGGGCAAAAGGCAAAGACAUUUUGUACAUUGGCGACCACAUCUUUGGUGACAUCCUGAAAUCGAAGAAGCGACAAGGCUGGAGAACGUUCCUAGUCAUUCCUGAACUUGCACAAGAGCUGCAUGUCUGGACUGAUAAGAGCACUUUGUUUGAGGAAUUGCAGAGUCUGGAUGUGUUUCUGGCUGAACUGUACAAACACCUGGAUAGCAGCAGUAAUGAGCGGCCUGAUAUCAGUGCCAUUCAGAGACGUAUCAAGAAAGUCACUCAUGAUAUGGACAUGUGUUAUGGGAUGAUGGGGAGCCUGUUCCGCAGUGGCUCCCGUCAGACACUCUUUGCCAGUCAGGUGAUGCGUUAUGCAGACCUGUAUGCAGCCUCCUUCAUCAAUCUCCUAUACUAUCCCUUCAGUUACCUCUUCCGUGCUGCCCAUGUCUUGAUGCCUCAUGAGUCGACCGUGGAGCAUAGCCAUGUUGAUAUCAAUGAUGUGGAGUCUCCAAUGGCAACUCGCAACCGUUCAACGAGCUCUAUGGAUAUUAAAGAGACUGAGUACAAACGGCACCAUCUGACCCGGUCAAUCAGUGAGAUCAAGCCCCCCAAUCUUUUCCCACAAACUCCACAAGAAAUUACACACUGCCAUGAUGAAGAUGAUGAUGAAGAGGAGGAGGAGGAGGAGGAAGAAGAAUAAGAAAAUGAAUCUCCUUAAUCCUGCUCCCAUCCCAUGAAAAUGAGAAACGGUUUAAAGUAUGUAAGAUUGAAGAUUAGUGACCUGGUUCAGAGUGGAAAGACUAUUGUGAAAUACUCAACAGGUUCAGAGGGACAGGUUUUAAUCCUGUAAAUUUGUGAAAAGAGCAAAAUAUUGAAACGUUUUCCAGUUUUUUUUGUGAUUUAUGCAAAUGAAUUUUAAUCACAAGUCAGAAGUUUGCAUUGAAUGCGAGAAAUUAUGGACAUAGACUGAACUGAAUACAGUGUCACAUCUGUGACAGUGUUGGAUGUUUCACAAAAGAUUAUAGUUGUUUGAAAGGGAAGCGAUUGAAGAAUUCAGCCUGUGAUUUCCCUCAGCUUGUCUUAACACAGCCCAAGAUUCUGACAGCACCAGCAGCAAUUUGUGUUUUAAGCUGCUCCUAACCUGAGCCUUUUAUGGAUCCGUCCUCUGGUUCCUAUGUGCUUUACACUUAUAUUUUUAUUACAGUUUAGGGACUGAUAUCCCAAGCUAUGGAAUUUGAGUAUGUGUGAGAUAGGACCUUGGUCAGGGGAAUUUAUACAUUCACUUUCAUUAAAGCACAAACUAGACAUUGUUCACCCUGGACUAGAGGAGUUGCUGUAAGGACAGUGUGUUGGAAAGGGGUUGAAAAAUGAGGCCUUAGUGAGGCUGCCUCUACUGGACAUAACAUGAUUGGGUGGUGAAUGUUUGAAUGUCUUGUUACCUGAUUCAGUGCAAGGCAGCAAGAGUUGUGAAUCUCAAGUUGGGGGUGGGGACACGACAACACCAUUUUUUGUGAAAUCACUGUGCAAUUUAUAGUUUGGUAACUUUAUUCUCCCUACUUUUCCCAACUUACAUUUCCCAUUUUGGACCCGGAAGCUGAGUAUCAGCAAUCAGAGUGCAGCUUUCUUUUCAGGGUCACUGUUUCCAGGGUGGCUUGGUUUGGAUCAAGAAUUGAUCAGGUGCAGAAUUGGAAAUUUCAGUUAAUUGAAUCCCUGAUAUGGGAAAUUUAAAAGAUUCAUAACAAUGUAGUGAUGGGGACAGUGUACAGGGAGCUUUACUCUGUAUUUAACCUGUACUGUAUCUGCCCUGAGGGUGUUUGACGCGUGAGAAUAAAUUACAUUUAAUAUGACACCAUCCAGGACAAAGCAGCCUACUUGAUUGGCACCCCAGCUGUGACCUUAACUAUUUUAAUCCUUUCACCACCAGUGCACUGUGGCAACAGUGUGUACCAUCUACAAGAUGCACUGUAGCAACUCGCCAAGCCUCCCUCAAAAGCAUCUUCCACACCCAUGACCUCUACCACCUAGAAGAAAAAGGACAACAGGUGCAUGGCAACUUGCAAGUUCCCCUCCUUCAAUGUGUCGUCUAGAUUUGUUUGAACUUCUGUUCCUCCAUUUAGCUGCUAGAUUUUACUGUGCUCCCAUUUCACUGUUUGGCUGUUACUCUUUGCCCCUCUCAGCUAUCUCAUCUUAUUGGUGAUUCUUCUCUAGCAAUCUUUGACAAGUAGGCGUUUGACAAUAGAGGGCACCAACUGUUACUGUUUGUACAGAUAAAGCAGCAGAUGAGCCCUUCUACUGCAGACUGCUCGUUGCCCAGCAGCGAGACUGUUCGUUUUAAUGAAUCUUACAGGUGAAGCAGAAAAUGGCUGAACAAAGUUUGGGGGAUUGAGUUUCAUAUUGACCAAGAAUACUGCUGAGCAGCAGUUAGGUUAUUCUAUAUAUUUGAUAUUACUUGUACUUCUAAUUGGUUUUAAGAAACAAUGUUUAUGACGCUGUUCAUUUCCUUUGGGCUCAGGGCCUGCCAUGUAUGUGAAAAUGCAGUUCAUUUUAGAUGGAGGGCUCAUUCCCACAUUAACCUUUCUCUGUGCCUGAUGUGCCAACUAUCCAAUUUUUUUCUGUUCCUUCAACAGAUGUGGUUUGGAUCAUUGUUCAGCUAUACUGCCAGCUCUGAGUAUCCUCUGUAAGGUUUCAGUGUGAAUUCUCCAGAAGUCUGUAGUAAUUGGGUCUGUUUUCCUUAAGACCCUGACUACUGAUUCUGUUGCCUUACUUUUCAGUCCAGACAUAAAAUAACCCAUAAUAAGUUGUUUGCCAGUUGGUUAGAGAUUACUAUAUUGUCUCUUGAUUUCAUGUUUUUAAAUACUUGAUUGGAUCAUUCUAUUGUUUUGCCAAAGUUGAAUCUUGCUUGUUGCCCUUUCCCUUCAGUCCGUUUGCAGCUGUCUGUCUGCCUGGUAAGCCUUCAGCCAUUCAUAGGACAAUGAUUUUAAUUUCAUUUGAGGAAAAGUGCUUUCAGCAAUUACUGUCAGUUUGAUUUUUGUUUCAUGUAAGCAACUGGCAGAGGUAAAUCAUCAAUGUUUACCAAGCAGGCCUGAGCUCUCGGCUGGGUGAGUGUGCAUUUCACAGGCCUGGUGCCAACCCAGAGUACAGCAAAGCCCAGGCAUCAUAGCUACACCAAACCAAUCUCAGAUGAUCUCUAUUGCAGCAGGAUGUGGCCCGAGUGCCACUGGUGGGGAAGAAUUGGGCCAGGUAUUUGCUCCUUAUUGCUGAAGGAGGGUGAGGACAGCUAGUGUGGAAAGGAAUGAGCUUGGUUGUGGGCCCGUCUGAACUCACAGAAACGGUUUCUUGUCUAGCUGUGGAGCUCCACCUGAGAGGAAGGUUACAUGGGAGAACUACGAUGAAAUGCUUAGUAAGGAGCUUGAACUCCCAGUACCGACUGCAUCAAAAUCCUACACAGCAGCAGUUAUUUAAAGAAUCCCCAUUAUGUGUGCUUGCUACAAACUCAGAAUUAGUUCUGGCAUUAAUAGAAAUAAAUCAAGGGGCCAAGACUGCUUCUUAUGUAAUGGUCUCUACCGUUGUAAUAUCACACUAUCUGUCCAGUCCCAGUAAAACGUGAAGAGCUUCAUUAAUUUUUUAAAAAAUGGGACAAUAGAUUUUAUUUUGAGUGUGUGUGAUUAGAAUGAU